CGGGAGGUCGCUGAGUCUCCCGCGCCGCCGCCCCUUGCCUGACGCACAGAGGGGCCGGGACGCGAUUUGCCGCGAGUGACUGGAGCCGCUGCCGCCGCCACCGCCGCCACCGCCGCCCAGGCCCGCUCCGCCCUCAGUCCGCCUUCCUCCCGCCUCGCCCUCCGCCUCCGCUCGCGCCUUGCUCGCGUCCCCGCGUCCUCCCCACCGCCCCGGAACGGCGGGCAGCCAGCGCCAGCACUAGCACCAGCCAGACAUCACCCAAGAAGUUGGAAGCGCCGUUGAGGGAGUAACUCGAUACAGCUGUUUGACAGAAAGGAAAAUUUACUAGAGGAAGUUUACUGGAGUAAAAUGGAGGCCUCGGUAAUAUUACCCAUUCUGAAGAAAAAACUAGCCUUCCUUUCAGGAGGAAAGGACAGGCGAAGUGGCCUCAUUCUGACAAUUCCAUUAUGCCUGGAACAGACAAAUAUGGAUGAGCUGAGUGUCACCUUAGACUACCUACUCAGCAUUCCAAGUGAAAAGUGUAAGGCUAGAGGAUUUACCGUGAUUGUGGAUGGCAGAAAAUCCCAGUGGAAUGUGGUGAAAACAGUAGUCUUAAUGCUACAGAAUGUUGUUCCAGCUGAAGUGUCCCUUGUUUGUGUAGUGAAGCCAGAUGAAUUCUGGGAUAAGAAAGUAACACAUUUUUGUUUUUGGAAAGAAAAGGAUAGACUUGGCUUUGAGGUUAUUUUAGUGUCUGCCAAUAAAUUGACUCGUUAUAUAGAACCAUGCCAGUUAACAGAAGAUUUUGGUGGGAGUCUCACCUAUGAUCAUAUGGACUGGUUAAAUAAGAGGCUGGUUUUUGAGAAGUUCACAAAGGAAUCUACAUCAUUAUUAGAUGAACUUGCUUUGAUUAACAAUGGAAGUGAUAAAGGAAAUCAGCAAGAGAAAGAAAGGUCUGUGGAUUUAAACUUUCUUCCAUCAGUUGAUCCUGAAACUGUUCUUCAGACAGGACAUGAAUUGUUAUCCGAAUUACAGCAGCGUCGAUUUAAUGGCUCAGAUGGAGGGGUCUCAUGGUCUCCUAUGGAUGAUGAACUGCUAGCACAGCCACAGGUUAUGAAAUUAUUAGAUUCACUGCGAGAGCAAUAUACCCGCUACCAGGAAGUUUGUAGGCAACGUAGUAAGCGUACACAGUUAGAAGAGAUUCAGCAGAAGGUGAUGCAGGUUGUGAACUGGCUUGAAGGGCCUGGAUCAGAACAGCUGAGAGCCCAGUGGGGGAUUGGAGACUCCAUUCGGGCUUCCCAAGCCCUACAGCAGAAGCACGAAGAGAUCGAGAGCCAGCACAGUGAAUGGUUUGCAGUUUAUGUGGAGCUUAAUCAGCAAAUUGCAGCACUCUUAAAUGCUGGGGAUGAGGAAGAUCUUGUGGAACUGAAGUCGCUGCAGCAACAACUUAGUGAUGUUUGUUAUCGACAGGCCAGUCAGCUGGAAUUUAGGCAGAAUCUCUUACAAGCAGCCCUUGAAUUUCAUGGUGUUGCCCAAGAUUUGUCUCAGCAGUUGGAUGGCUUAUUAGGGAUGUUGUGCGUAGAUGUAGCACCAGCUGAUGGAGCAUCGAUUCAGCAAACUUUAAAACUGCUUGAAGAGAAGCUGAAAAGUGUUGAUGUAGGAUUGCAAGGUUUGCGUGAAAAAGGUCAAGGUCUUCUGGAUCAGAUCUCCAAUCAGGCAUCCUGGGCCUAUGGAAAGGAUGUAACCAUUGAAAAUAAAGAAAAUGUGGACCACAUACAAGGAGUGAUGGAAGAUAUGCAGCUUAGGAAACAAAGAUGUGAAGACAUGGUAGAUGUGCGAAGAUUAAAGAUGCUUCAGAUGGUGCAGUUGUUUAAAUGUGAAGAAGAUGCUGCCCAGGCAGUAGAAUGGCUAAGUGAACUUCUGGAUGCUCUUCUUAAGACCCACAUCAGAUUGGGUGAUGAUGCUCAGGAAACGAAAGUUCUACUGGAGAAGCAUAGAAAAUUUGUUGAUGUUGCACAGAGCACUUACGACUAUGGAAGACAGUUGUUACAGGCCACAGUUGUUCUGUGCCAGUCUUUGCGCUGCACCUCUCGAUCAUCUGGGGAUACACUUCCUCGACUGAACAGAGUAUGGAAACAAUUUACAAUAGCAUCUGAAGAGAGGGUACAUAGGCUGGAAAUGGCUAUUGCAUUUCACUCAAAUGCUGAAAAGAUUUUGCAGGACUGUCCAGAAGAGCCUGAAGCUAUUAAUGAUGAGGAGCAAUUUGAUGAAAUUGAAGCAGUUGGGAAAUCACUUUUAGAUAGACUAACUGUUCCUGUGGUUUAUCCUGAUGGAACUGAACAAUAUUUUGGGAGUCCAAGUGACAUGGCUUCUACUGCAGAACACAUCAGAGACAGGAUGAAACUAGUUAGUCUCAAAAGGCAGCAGCUGAGACAUCCCGAAAUGAUGACUACAGAGAGCUAAUAGCUGCCUUCUUCCCGCAGAUCUGCAGUUCAUAAUCCCGCAUGUCGUUGGCAUACUGCAGCAUCAGCUACAAUAUGUUAAGAUGCAUUUCACAGCCAGGAUAAGCCUCAUUUCUUUCCAUUACACACUUCUCUCCACAUGUUAACAUCUUGUAACUACCAAGGCAGAAUUAUUUAACAUGCUUUGAGACCAUAGACUCCAAGUAUCUUAAAAGAAGGAACUGUAAACAUUGCACUGAAAACUUGCUUUAAAGCUUUACCUGACCUGUCAGUUUGUAGAUGAAUAACUGAUAAUAAGCUUUGAAUGGUGCUAAUAAGAGUUUAGGAAUUCUCUCUAUAAAAAAUGGUUGCCCUUCCUCCCCAAGUGAUGUAGUAAAUUUAGACUAUAGUUAAACUGUUAUUAGUAGACAGUGGUGUCCUCAAAAUUUUACUUUGUAAUUCUCCUUCAAAAUUGAUUAUUUUUAUUGUGUCAGUAUGAAGAAAACCUUCAGAUUUUUGAUAUAUCAUAUUCAUUAAAAAACAUUUUCCUAUUUGUAUUGAUAAUGUAUAAAAGUUGUUUGUGCUUAAUAAAAGGCUUCUUUUAAACAUCUUAUUUAAUUUGGUGGUUAUAUCUAUUUCCAAACAUGAGUGCCUUAUUUAAAAGGGCAUUCUUAGCAUUGUAAGGAUGGUUUAGUAUUUGUUUUUUCAUGUUGGUUGCAUGUAUUUUAGCCAGGAAAUUUAUAUGUAAGCAUGUGUAUAUAAUAAAUAAGCAUGUUUUAUCAUGAAAAAUUAUUGUGAAGAACAAUUUAGAUCUUUAAGAACUUAUGAAUAAUGGAAUACUAUUUCUCAUUUUUCUCUUCUUCAACUUGAAAAAUGUUAUCCAAAUUAUUAACUACCCUGAAGAUAUUUUGUUUCUGGGGGAGGAGGGCUGGGGAAGAAGGCCUAUAUAGUUACUUAAGUGUAAUCCUUUAUAUAAGAGUAAUCUUUCAGGAACUAAAAUAGCAAUUGUUAAUAAAAUUUAAUUUCUCAAGAUAGACUAGAAGCAAGAUUCUGAAAUAGUAUAAUAACAAAAAUUGUACAACUCUUUUAGAAAUAAAAUUUAUAAAAUGUUAGUGCUUUUAAGUUUGUAUUAAGUUUAAAUGGUAAAAGUAUAAUUUUUUGUUAAUUUUUAUUUCAGAAAAUGUUUUUGAGAAAGAUUAAAAACAAUUUGUAGUCUGUGAUCAAUACAAAAUUAUGCAAAGAAUUGUAUGCUGGUUCCUUUCAUUGUCUACAGAAAUGCUCGUGUAUCUUCUAAUGCAAAAAGCUCCCUCUGAGCCUGCUGGUUUCUCCAGCCUUCUUUACUGCCAGACUUCUUGGAGAAAUCCAUAUCCAUUGACCCUGCACCCUCAUCACUCACUGCUUAGCACCUUGCAGUCUGGUUUUACACAGACCAGCAAUGCAGUGGUUCUCAAUGGGCUCCCAGUUACCGAAUUGAAUGACUUUUUUUCUCAGUCUGCAUCCCUUAUCCUUCUUUGCCUCUGCAGCGUUUAUACUAUUGAGCAACCUUUCCUAGACAGUGUCUCCUCCCUUGAAGAUGUUAUCCUCUGCUGUAACUGAGUCCAGUCACAUAACUCUUACUUAAAAUGCAUCUACUAAAAUGUGCUCUCUCUGAUUCUGUCUUCAGAAUGCUUCUGGAACUAUCUCAUCCUUAGGGUUUCUAUUUUAUCCCAGUGUCCUGGGUUACGUAUCUGGUCCAAAAUUCUAAGCCUGUACUUUCAGCUACCUACUUGACAUUCCAACCUAGGUGAAGUUAUUUAUCAUAUUUUCCACCUUUCUCCUCUUGGAGUAAUUUUGGUAAAAGAUGCAGCCUUUUUUUAAAAGACAUGCCAGAAAAUCUGGGGCCACAUUCAGCUGUUCCCUCUCAUGCUGCCACUGCUCUAGAACAUCCAGGAAGGUUUUUCUAUAUUCGAUAAUCCUCAGUCUUUUAGGGCUUAACUUUUGUGAGUGUGAAGGUUUGUGAUUCUUCAUUUCAGGCUUCGUGAUGGUGCUAACCAUGCGCUACAGUUGUUUAUGUCUGUACCUGCUACGUUAUAAGCUCUUUUGAGGGAAGGAAUCUUUGGGGCCUGACUUCUCCUGUUCCCAGCCUUUUGCUCAUGCAUAAUAGUUUCUCAGUUCCCCUGUAUGUGAAUGGUCUAUUGUAGGCAUUAGUAAUAAUCCCUCUUGUAUUGUAGUCUGAAGUAUGUUUUAAACAGAUUUUCUAAAGUUAGGACUGACUUAUGAGUAAAUCUGUUCAUCAGGAAGUCAUUUGGUAUUUGAAAUACUGGCUAAUUUAGAUAUUUAGUUGUACUCAAUAUCUAUUUCUCCUACUGAAUUUCACAGAAUUCGAAUGUUUUUAUUAAGACUUUGCCAGAAAGGAAUUUGACUGCAAGUAAAGAGACUCUUUAGUUCUACCAUCAACUCGCCUACUGAUUGUCAAAUGAGUUAAUUUUAUAUGCCUUAAGCUAUCCUGUCUACAGCAAAGUGAAAUAAGGCACAUCUGGAAAUAUUUGUAAUUUGAGUAGUUCAAAUGAAGAUGAAUAUGUUUUUAUCACAUAAUAAAUAUUGUUGCUUUUCAUUUGUAACUUUGCUGCUACUUUCUAUUUAUGUAUCCAUAUACAUAUAGACAGUUAUGAAUGAAAACCCAACAGUGCCCUAAUGUGAUUUUUUUCAUAGGGUCAUAGUUCACUUGGAAUACCUAUGAAGGAAGUGACUGCAGUCUGUUUGAAAUGACAAGUUCUUUGUACAUCGUAAAUUAACAUUAUCCCUGAAGAUAUAACGGAGAAAGAACCAUCAUUUCUAAUUGGUAUAUGCUACAACUUUCCACAUUACUUUAGCUCAUCUCAGGGAAUUAUUGAAAUGUUAAUUGGGCCAGCUUCAUUUUGUUUUGUUUUUUUCCUUUUGUCUUCAUGUCAUGUAUUUGUUCCCGUGUAAGCUCCAUAUCUAAGGACAGUUUUGGCCUCUGUUCUUCACACAUGUCUAACCCAGCAGGAUUAUGAUAUGCGAAGAUGAUAACUUCAUUUCAGAUGAAAUUGACUUUAUUCCCAGUCUUCAUUGUUGGUGACCUUGUUCUACUAUGGUAACUCAUUGGUCAUGUUGAUGAAACUGCUCAGCCUGCCAGCUAAGAUAUCAAUGGCAGGUCUAGGCUUCCUUGCUGUGUAGAAGGUUGGAUAUUUCUCUCACUCACAGGCCUUUAAAUUGGCCAGUGCUCCAGUGUUACCUAGUAUUAACGUUUUUGUUGUUUGUUUCAUUACCCUGUCAGUUCAUGUGUGGGGUGUGCUAUUUAGUGUAUUAUUAUUAUAGUUAGUGCAUUCUCCUUAAUGUGAAUGUGACAGUUACUUUUCUGAUGGUGCUGAGUAAAUCAUACAUAAACCCACUGUAACAGAUGUCAUGAUUGAUUGUGAACCUGUCUCACUGUACCAUCUGCAUUUGGAGAAAGAAUUCAGAAUUCUCUACUACACUGUAAGUUCUCUGCCAGAGAGAUUGGAAAUUACUGUGUACUUUUCCCGUCCUCACAGGGCCAUAAUAAAAUACUGUGGUUAAUAAAAACCAAGCAUACUAUAAUUGCUAAAGUCCUCCCCAUCUUGAGCCUAUUGAAAAUGGUAGAGGAAAUUAACAUCGGUAAAUAGCAUCAAUGACAAGAGUUCUAUGAUUGGGGUGUCUUUGCUUAAACCUUGAAAUGAAAAAUUCUCUAGGAUUAAGAAGAUGGUCUGGAACAUAGCUGACCAGUUAACCUAAUUAGCAAACUUAACCAGUGUUAACUUUCAGUUCUAAAAAUAAAAAGCUCCAGAUGGGAGUGGAAAAUACUAUUGCUCCUGGUAUGUAGGGCAAUGAAUACCUUGAUGAGGCAAAAUGAAGCACAGAUAUAACACCUGACAUUAUUUGACUUUAGUGUGUGCUACAGAAAAUCUAGUUUUAGCUAAGAUACAUGAAUAAUGGCAAGAAUUGUAGAGGAAAGAUCAUAGAGGCUAAAAUAAGAACUAUAGUGAAUAUAAUGCAAAGAGUUUGGAGUUUAAAUACCUGACUUCAAAGUCUGGCUUUGCCAUUUACUGACCUUGGUAAAAAAAAAUCACUAAAUUUCUCUGGAUCUGUAAAAUAGAGAAACCAUAUCAAAUAAUUUUAAGAAUGAAGUACAAUCAUGUUAAAAUAUUGAAAGCCAAAAUGUUAUUCAAAAUGGAAGGUAUUAUCUUUUCAGCAUAGAAAAUGGAGCAUUCUUUAAUCUUGCUCUUGUCACAGAUGGCAAGCAUGGGGUCUUGGGGGAAAGGGAACCUUGUCUGCUCACCUCCCAAUGCUCCGAUUCCCUCCAUUCUAUACACUGAAAAUGCCAAGGGUGGGGUCAAUGAGCUUGGCAGUAAAUAGCAAGCCUUUUAAAUCUGACAAAUUAACUCUUUUAUGACAGGAUGAUAGGCCAGCCAGAUGGAGGACAAAUGAGGAAUAUCAUCUACUUUGAGGUUGACAGGACACGACACAGUUCCAUUAAUAAGGAAGAAAGUAAGUAAAAAUCAUACUCAGGAUCUUAGUGAGUCAGCACCAACCUAUAGAAACAAGAGCAUGAAUCUGACCACCAUUAGUGCUGUUAUGGUUAGAGAAGAGUAAUCCUGGUAAACUUGGGCAGUGAUAAUAACAGAAAAAGACUGGUCCUGUAAUAGAGGCUGAUAGAACUAAGGGUGCUCCAUGAAAUAGCAUAAACAAGGGGGAAUGUUUAAGACUGAAAAGCCUCCUAGAUACAAUGCUGAAUAACAUGACCGUAAUAUUUUAAAGCAGACUUGAAAACAUGUCAAAACUAGUCCGUGUGCUUCAAGAAAAAGCAGAACCUGUACUAGAACAUGAAGAACUUAAAAGAUCACAGGAAAGCCACAACCAUGACUACGUAGUGUGAAAGCAGUGAGUAAAAUUUUAAAAGAAUCAAGAUUAUUUUUGUUAGAAAACUCUUAGGAGGCAAUACACAUAAUACCCACGUAUCAUGUUACAGGAAUUCUUAGCAAAUAACUAAAAAUAGUUACCAGCUUUAGGUAUUAUGAGCAGCGUUGUUAUGGAUCCAAGGCAUGUAGAAAACUAUUUCUGUCAAAAGGCUAAAUUCUGAAGCCAUUCUUGGUGAAUCUCAAGGUGCCACUUUAGAAGUAUUUACAAGUCAAAUGCCAUCUCUUUAGGGUGUCCCCAAAUGUGUUGCUCCCUGGAGAGACAGGAGGAUGGUUCAGAUGUCCUUCCAUUCAGAAAAAAGAGACCUGUUCACUAUGAUCAAGCCUCACAUCACGUUUUGGUUCUACACAUCUUUUCUAUUGUUACCAUGGUUGUUUUAGUUUUAGAAGUCAGUAAAAAUGUCUAUGCUUGGUUUUUCCCUUAAUGUCUUUUCAUCUUAAUUCUUAUGUUAGUCUACACAGCCAACAAACUUGUUCAGAAUAUACUAUCAAUGUAUGUAUUGUUUUCAUUAAAGUAUGAGGAGAUCGAAGUAUCACUUUGACAAUUUUCAGUCAGCAUAGGUUUGAAAACUGAUUGCUCACCUCACACUCAGGAAUAUCCUUUCACAAACUCAUAAGUUUCUAAGUUGACACUGUUUGGAUGAAUUUGACGGUUAUGUUGCUAUUAGAUCAAUGAUGAAAUUCUCAACGACAUUAUUUGGCAAGCAUUGCACCCUGGAUUUUUUCCCCCAACAUUUUAUUAUAAAAUUUUUCAAACAUAAAAAAGUUAAAAUUUUACAGUGUACUCACCACCCAGAUGCUAGUUAGCAUUCUGCUUUAUCACAUACCUAUCCAUCAAUUUAUCAAUCCAGAUUAUUUUUGAUGCAUUUUAAAUUGCAGAAAUCUGCACACUUCCUAAAAAUACUUUAGCAUACAUAUCAUUAACUAGAAUUCAAUGUUUGCUUACAUUUUUACUUUUAUGUAAAAUUAGCAUACAGUGAAAUGCAUAAAUCUUAAGUGUGUAUUUGCUGGGUUUUGGCAAAUGCAUACAGUGCUAUCUAGAUACAAAAUGUUACCAGAAAAUUCCCAUAUGGCCAUUCCAGUCAGUCCUUGUUCCCCCGCCCUCUGUCCCCAUAAGCAACCUCUCUUCUUCUACUGUAAAUCAGAUUUGUGCAUUCUAGAUCUUUGUAUAAGUAGAGUCACACAGCAUGUACUCUUUCUAGAAGGCUUUUUCAUUUACUAUGUUUUGGAGAUUUAUCCAUGUGGUUGGGUGUAUCAAUAGUUCAUUCCUUUUUUAUUGCUGAGAAGUAUUCCAUUCUAUGACUAUAUUACAGUUUAUUUAUUCACUUUCCUAUUUAUAAAUACCUGUGCAGUUUCCAGUAUUGGCAAUUAUGAAUGAAGCUGCUAUGAUUAUUCUUAACGUAAGUCUUAUGUGAACAUAAUGUUUCAUUUCUCUUGAGUGAAUACCUAGGAUUAGAAUUUCUGUGUCACAGGGUAGUUUUAAAAGAAACUGCCAUACCUUUUUUUCAUUGAGGUUGUGCUGUGUCCUGGAUUUUCACCAUAUUUUGAAUGUGUAGAAAGGUGUAAACUAUUUUUAUGACCCAUAUUUGAAGUAUUAGAAGUGGGUUUGGGAUAGAAAUGGCAUUCUUCAUGGUUGGCAGUUGGUGUUGAGGGAAGCAAAUGCCUGUCUGCCUGAAACAGCUCCCCAAAUGGUUCCUAUCCCUGAAAUUUUAGAAUUAGUUUAACUCCUUGAAAGAUUAAAGUACUUACCCAAGCAUGGUGAUAUAUUAACUAGAAGAAACAGCAUUAGUUUAUGUUACUAACUUUUGCCACCCGUUUUCAGUAGGUAAAAUAAGACUGAUAACUGAACAGAAAAGAUUCUGUUCAAUGGCGGUAGUAAAGAACAUGUACUACUACUAGUCAUUCCCAGGUACAGCAGUGUGAGAGCGAACUAUCUGGACAGGAAAAUCCCCCAAAUGGUGGUCAAGAAACCAGAAAACGGGGUGGGGAGAAUUCUACCUCACAGUUGUGCAUAGGGGAUAGCUAUGUUUUUGCAGGACAUUUUAGCCUUUACAAAUAAUAUUUUCAAUAUUGUCUUUUUAUUCUAUACCACCCAGCUAUAGUUAUUUCACACCCCUGUGACUUUUAUCCCCUUUGUCUUACCCUUCCUGCCUAUUCUGUUACAUAUAGUAGUUACCUGUAUAAGGCUAUAAAAUUAUAAUCAUAUGUAUGUUUCUAAUGCUUGUGUUCAAAGAUAUUUAUGUAUGAUUCAUCCAAUCUUUCCUAUUUGAUUUUUAAGGGCUGGGAUAUUUGGCUUCUACUGUAAAUCCUUAUAAUGUUCCACACACAUUGUAAAUGUAAUAAAAAUGUUAAAAACUAUAAUUCAUGGCAACAGAUUUUUAUAUGUAUUUCUUUGUAUGUUAUCACUUUGGGCAAUAAAUUUGGUUUCUGUUAA